AUGGUAGAAGAUUUUGUCCUCAGUUUAGGGCUUGCAAGGGUUGCAGGUCACCUCUACUUGGUAGAUACAUUAGCAGGAGAUCCAGAGGUUCUGCAAAUAGACGCUGAAACAUACUAUGACAAACUCUUGAAGAAAGCAUCAUCCACUCCUGAUGUUUUUUUGAUCCCUGGAGGAGAAGAGGUUAAACUUGAAGAUUCCUGUGUGUGUUUUGUCCCUCUCUACCGAAAUAAUCCUACUUGCAAAAUGUUGCUGUUAACUGAUCCAAAGGAUAAAGAGACAGUUUUGGCAGUUUAUUUGAACCAGUGCUGGUGGCCUGUUGAAGAUGUAGUAAAGACAGCUGAUCCUUCUAGAGAUGGGCUAAUUUCGGUCCAGACAUUUGGAGAAAGAAUUGUCCUCUUUGUUCUGAACUACAUUAUUUUGGGAAUGCUGGAAGGCAGUUCAGCUAAUGAUGCAUUCUUUCUACCUCACUCUGCCACUGAGUGUGCCAAGAUACUCUGGAGAAAUGGUGAGGCUGUUGCCUUUUACUCGGUCAAGAUGAAAGGGAGCUUAUGCGAUGGUACAACCAGUCAAUGUUACUUGCUGCCGGUUUUGGAUACUAUAUUUGUCCGGAGAAAGUACAGAAGAGGUGGCCUAGGGAUGAAAAUGCUGCGUGAUUUCUGUCAGUCUUUCAUGGCUGAGGAUGCCUUGGGGAUCAGCUGCCCUAUUUCUGCUGCCAUGUAUCAAGUUUGCCAGAAAUUCUUGCAGACUUAUCCUGAGGAGCAGAAGCGACUGUGGGAGGUGGAAGCACCAGGAGAUUGGAACCAGCGAGUGAAUAUCUGGUUAAAAAUUCAGAUGGAGUCAUCUCCUUCAGGAAAGGCUGAAGCUGACUUUCAAACCAGUAAACCCAGUAAAUCAGAUGUGGACCAGAUGAGUAAGGGCAUUGAAUACAUUCCUGGUGUUGGGAAAGUGGCAGGAGAUGCCACAGAAAAAAAAGAUGACACAGCAGCAGCAGGGAAUCUAAACUCACAGGGUCCUGAACAAGAGGAUUUAGAACAAGGUGCAGGCAACACCCAGCAAUACAAAGGAUUCAGAAAAAGAGCAGGCCCCAGGGGCUUAGUUGGAGACAAGGCCACCAAACAAUGUAGAAUUAUACCAUAG